GAGGAGGAGGUGGCGGCGGCGGGCGGGAAAAUGGCGGCGGCCGCGGCGGGUCCGGCGCAGCCUUGGAGUGCUGAGGAGCUGCGGAGCGAAGCGCUGCCCAAGAAAGACAUCAUUAAAUUCCUCCAGGAGCACGCAGCCCAGGCGUUUCUGGCCGAGCACAAGCUCCUGGGGCAGGUAAAGAACGUGGCUAAGACGGCGAACAAGGAGCAGCUGAUCGCCGCCUACACGCAGCUCUUCCACACGCAGAGGUUCAAGGGCACAGACGGCGCAGAGAAGGCGGCGGAGAAGGCAAAGCCUGCGAAGGCAGAGGAGGCCAAGGGCAAAGUGGCAAAGCUUGAGGAGGCUGUCGAUGAGGGGCCACCAAAGUACACAAAAUCCAUUUUAAAGAAGGGUGAUAAAACCAACUUCCCAAAGAAAGGAGACACUGUCCACUGCUGGUAUACAGGAAAGCUACAGGACGGAACGGUCUUCGAUACCAAUGUUCAGACAAGUGCAAAGAAGAAGAAAGCAGCUAAACCUCUAAGUUUCAAAGUUGGUGUAGGAAAAGUCAUCAGAGGCUGGGAUGAAGCCCUCCUCACGAUGAGCAAAGGAGAGAAGGCUCAGCUGGAGAUUGAACCCGAGUGGGCGUAUGGCAAGAAGGGGCAGCCUGAUGCCAAGAUUCCACCCAAUGCAAAGCUUUUCUUUGAGGUUGAACUGGUGGAUAUUGAGUGAAAUGAAACUUCCUUUGCUGCUGGGGAAUCCAUUUUAGGAUCAAGAAAGCUCCUGACAAUGCAGCUGUGCUCUUGUAACUCCAGGAAAUAGUUACAACUGUGGCCUUGUCCCCAAACCUGAGUCUGUUUGCCCUGCUCCCAACUGCUGUACAGUGACACCACUAAAGAAACCUAGUUUGUAUGUG